GUUCAUACGUUUUCUUUGCUUAGUCCGGCGUGGAAAAGACAAAAAAAAUCAUGGCGACUUCUGCUGAAAAUGGGGUUGAGGAAAAAAAGCCUGGAGUUGUGAGAAAGAUCACGAAGAUCACAUUCACGGUGGGCCCAAUCCGACAGGAGGAUCUGUCAACACCAGAGCUGAACAAACUGAUGGCAAUGGCCCAGAGGUUCGAGAUCACAUUCGACACCAUCCCUGUGCUAGACUCCAACCAGACUGAUAAACUGGGAUACAUUACCCUGCCGUUUGAGAUCCGAACACAGGACUACCUGCUCGUGAUAUUUGACCGGCUCCACAACCUGAAGCUUGGACGUGGAGAUCGUGAAGUCUCUGUCAAGUUCCCUGACGAGCUGCGUAGGCACGUUGAUGAGUGCAGGGCUCAUAACUACGAGAUGAAAAAGAAAAGGAUAGAGGAAUACAAGGAGAAAGAGGAGAAGUUGAAGCGAUCACUGUUUGCCACAUUUGUGGACAAAGACACAGGACGGGACAGUCUUGUGGAGAAAUUCCCGGAGGCAAAGGAUAUCACAGUCCGUCAACACAACUUCCAAUGGUUUGGAUGUAUGGAGUUUGAAAAUGCUGACGAAGCCCUGGCAGUACUGAAGAAAGGCAACCAGAUUGAAAUAGAAGGCCAGAAAGUCAAGAUUGUACGCCAGCCUCCAGACUUUGAGGAAAUGCAGAAAAAGCAGAGGGAACAACAGCAGCAGUAUCAACAAAAGGGUCACCGGGACAAGCCUCGCCCCAUGUCGAGCCCUGGGGGCAUGAGGGGAGGUGGGGGUCGUGGAGGAGGACCCCGUCCAUUGCUCUCCAACAUGGGUGGCGGUGGGGGAUAUAACCAGAGGGGUGGCUUUUCUGGUCGAAGUGGUUUUGGGAUAGGAAGUGGGAUGGGAGCAGGUGUGACUGCGUUUAAUCAGGGCUACGGCGGUGGCUACAACCAAGGUGGAGGAAACUAUCAACUAGGUAGCAAGCGCAAGACUGAUAUGGGAGAUUUUGGGGGGUCAACUAAGAGACCUUAUGAUAAUAAGCGAGGUGGGUAUGGCGGUGGCGGUGGUGGUGGCCGAGGUGGACGUGGGGGAUGGGGAGGAGGAAAUAGCCGCUGGUAGCCCCCUGGGAUUCAAAGGCACACAAACACAGCACCUGCAGUAACCUAGCUACUGAAAACUUACAGAAGCAGACUUCUUUUGACAACUUUCGGGGAAAAAGAUCUUGACACUUUGUUUCAUAAACAAUAUUUGAAUUAUCAUUUCAAUUGUGUGAAGAGUCAUAAGAUGUGUAAGUUAGGCUACCUUAUUAUGUUGUAUAGUAUCCAUGUUGUUUCAAUGAUUUCUGUGUAUGGAAAGCCAUUUUGUACAAUUAUGUGGAAUAAAUGUUGUAUAUUGUU